AUGGAAGAAUUGAUUAUAAUUUUAUCGAAAAAGCUUUCUAAAUACUCUUUAGGCGACAUAGAUAUUUUACUUGAUCAUAGAAAUCUUAUCCAAUGAGAAACAUUGCAAGCAAUAAAGCAAGCAAUUGUAAGCAAUAGAGACUUAUCAAAUGACGAUAUAAUUCAUCUUUAUUAUGCUCGCUAUCUUCAAACACUUUUUGCUACAGAUGAUCCUAUACCAGAAGCAUACAUGCAUGGUAUCACUUUGCUUAUUGAUCUCAAAAAAUGUAUCAGAGAUUAUAGCCUAGAAAACUGCAUCACAAUAAUUACCCGGAAAAUAGGCAAUUCUAUUAAGCUUUCUCUAGGAAUAGAAUUAAUCUCGAAACUGGUAAAAGAAAUCAAGAGAGCUAAAACUGAGCUUGCAAUAGAUGAUCUUAGAGAUAUCGAAAAUGAUAUUUACUUGGGGAUAAAAUCCUGGAUAGUCCAGAAAAGGCCAGAUUUUAAUGUUUGAACUCUGAGAGAAUGCUAUAAUAAUGUUGAUAGCAUUUUAGCUGAGAGUACAAUAAAGCAAAAAAUUAAUGACUUAGUUGCUGUUAAAGUUUAUGCUUGGUUUCUAAAAACUUAUAGUGGAUUAAUUAGGGGCAAUUUAAGCCAAAAUUUUAUGAAUGCUUUAGAUGGCGAUGAAAAAAGGAUUUCUAAUUGGAUGAGUUCAAUUAAUUGCAGACACGAUAUAAAUGAAAAAAUAGAAAAUUUUGAGCCGAUAAUAGGAAAGAUUGAUCUAUACGACAAGGACCCAAGUAGCAUUUAUCGAGUGACUACGAAAAGUCAAUUGGAUAAUCAAUAUUCCAAUAGCCAAUACUUAGCAAGUGUUAAAAAGAGAUCAUACCGCUUGGCAGUUUAUAAGUCAAAAAUUAUAGAUACAGGUGAAAUCGUAGUCGUAAAAAGUUUUAUUAGCGACGUCAGGGAAAACUUGCAGAAUGGGUAUAACGAAAAAGAUAUCUAUGAAAAAUUAGCAAUGAAAAAUACAGACUUUACCUUAAAAUAUUAUGGCCACUUUCUUUCAACAAAGAAAAAGAAUACGCAAGUUCAGUAUAAACUGAAUCUCGUUCUGGAAUACUGUGAUAGCACCCUCUUUGACGAAAUAGUAAGAUUAAAAAUGCAGGACCGAACUUACCAAAAUCGAGAAAUCGCUCAAAUUAUCUAUACUCUCCUUGAUUUAUUCAGAAAAUUACGAAAAGAAAAAGUCAAUCAUUGUGAUAUAAAGCCCCAAAAUAUUUUUAUCACAAGUGAUGGGCGACUUAAGCUCGGAGAUUUUGAUUUAUCAGAAACCUUUAAAACAAGUGACGCAUCAAACCUAGGCACAAAGCUCAGAGAAUUUCUGGGGGGAACUGUAAAUUAUAUGGCACCAGAGCUGAAAGAGAUAUAUAGAAGCUGGGAAGUAAACGGAAACCCCUGUGACAAAAGAAAGUUUAGCAAGGAGAGGUCAGAUGUAUAUUCGCUUGGACUCGUUUUUCUUAUGGUGAUUACGCUUAGACCAGUUGGAGGGUUUAAUGAGCAUGCACAUCAAGAUGAGCUCAGACAAAUUAUUGAAAAUUUACAAAUGGAUUGGGCCAAGAGAUUGCUGAGAAGAAUGCUUGCUUAUCUUGAUGAGGAGAGGCCAAGAUUUGAAGAGGCGUUUGAAAUGCUUGAAGAGGAUCCUGAGUUUAUUUUGUGCCUUAAUUCGUCUGAUUAA